GCACUGGAACGCCACCGAGAGCGCCGCCGGCUCACGCAAGUUCGCUACAGGACCAAGCUGCGGAACCGCGGAGAAACCUUGGACGAGGAAGUUCAAGUUCUCCGUGACGAAGUGCGCAAGCUCGAGACUCAGCGCAAGAAAAUUGCUCCCCGCCUGCACCCAAGCAAGACCCCUCUCAGUGUGGCGGCGGGAUAUUUCCGCCUCUUUCGCUACGCUCUGACGGCGUACGUGCCGUGUGCAGAGCGGUGCAGUGUUUCCGACUCGGAGAAUGUGUACGAGUCGCACGUCCACCGAGAGUUCUUGCUCGCCACAAUGACCCAGGACGUCGACGUUGAUGGAGAACGCGGGGUGGAGGCGAUUCUCGAGCGCUGGCGGUUCAUCUCGCAGGUUCAGCCCAACUUUGAGAUCCAGUCGGUCGGACUGGAGAGUGGCCCCGACGGCUCCAUCGUGGCUACCACGAAGACGAAGAUGGUCAUGUGUCGAAGCACACUGGAAGCCAUGUUCCCAAACCUGUUUAGAUCGGACAGAGGUGAGUACAUUGCGACGAAACUUCAGGGACAGCGCUUUGAGAUCGCUGGGUCUAUCUACUUCGAAUGGGACAAGGAGAACGACCGCGUAUCAAGCCUGCACCACAAGGCGGACGUGAUCACGCCGAUGCUUCGCUUCUUGGGUAACGUUGAGGACUUGGCAUUGGUUUUCGACCCUGCC